AAUCGGAUCGUUCGGACGUCACGUCGCGGCUGGUUGCGGCACUUUUCUAACGGGACAUCAAGCUCUGUGUUUGUGUGUGCGCGUGUGCGUCAGUGUGCGUCAGUGUGUUUACCUACAAAGCUGUGCUACAAUAUUCGAAGCGACUAAGCUGAGAUAGAGAAAAUAUUAAUUAAAUACUAAGUGGUGAGAGAAACAACAAAGGCAAAAAACAAAGUCUGUCCAUAUUGUGGUUUACCAUUGGACUUCGAGAACAGAAUAUAUUCCGCUACUACACCGGAAAACAUAUCAAAGAAGGGAUUAUUUUGGACUGAAAAAUUCACUUUAAAGGAGCUCGAGAGUAAAACCCGUGACAGCAUCAACCAUAACAAAUUGGAGUCAACCAAACGGAACCAACUUUGAGGCAAAAGUGCGUUACGGUUCCGCCAAUUAAUAUCGAUGACACAGCAAAUCAGUGUCAAUCAAAGUGUGGGAAAACGACACGAAUUUCCACAAAUAUGCGCCAGCAAAUAGAAUUGUUGGACGCUAUAAUGAGCCAUAUCAGCGAACAAAUAUUAUCCACGCCGCCAGCCACUGGAAUGGGAAAUGCCCAAAACAAUGAGCAGCAGCAACAUCAUCAUCAUCAGCAGCAGCAGCAGCAGCAGCACUUGAGUAAAUAGAAAAUCAGUGUUCAGAAUCAAUACAAAAUCAAUACAAAUAGUGCGGGGCGAUAGACAGAAAUUGAUUGUCAACAUUAUUCGCUGUCGCGCUGAGCGAUAAAAACCCGAGUAGCGGCAACAAAAGCUAGUGGAGGAGCAUUGAAAGGCAAACAAAGUCGAAUCCCCCAGCGAGAAUGGGAGGCAAGCACCAAGGAUCUGCAGCCGGCGGAGUCUCCUCUGGAGGCGGCGGCAGCCACAACUCAAGUCUGUGCAACUCGGUGAUGACGACUGCCACCACAGCCAGCAGUAGUCUCACCCAACAGCAGCAGCAGCUGCAGGCCAAGUACAUCAAGUCGAAGCGCCACCAGAGCCGCUACACCAGCCUCCAGCACUCCGGCCACGACUCCGGCAGCUAUCUGCACCUCAACUCGCUCUGGUCCAUCUGGUACGGGGUGCUGCUCACCCUGUUCCAGGGAUACCUGGCCAUGCAUGGGGCCUACAGGUUCCUGGGCUGCUCACUGAUACCCUGGAAAAUCGAGCCCGUGGCCGAACUAAAUCUGCAGAUUGUACUCUCUGGAGUGGUCUUUAUCCUGUUGCCAGUCUUUUUCACUUCGGCCGUGUUUAAGGUUGGCAACUUAGCAAACGACGGCAUCAAAUUGGCCACCGGUGCCAGGGAGCGCCGGUGCACGCUUUCUCCGCACGAUGGCCUGGAGGAGGAGUCGCGCGGUGGCACCCUUCGAGCCCUUUGGACCCACGGCGGACCUACGGCGGCCUUCGUCCACAUCCUGAUUGCCCUUUGCCUGCUCCUGCCGCGCCUGCUGCUCGAGGCUCGAAUCAUUGAGAACGGAUUGCUGCCAAAAGAGCAAAUUUGGGCCACUGAAUUGGACUUUGUUGUGAUCAAUCGACGCAAUUUGAUGGCCCUGUCGGUUGUGGGAGCCACACCAUUCCCCAGGCACCACCAGCAGCAGCAUCAGCAGCACCACCAGCACAGACUGAACCUGACCGCAAACAGCUUGGAACAGGACGAGGAGGACUACUUCAACGACACCAUGUUCACGGCCAUUCGAGGAGUGCCGGCCGGGGGCAAUAACAAUUUGUUCGACCUACGACCCGAUAAGGCAAGUGGCAGAAAGGCGGCCAAGGCGACGGCAACGACGAAGACAACAACCACCAAACUGGAUGCGGGCAAGAACCAAUACUUUGAAGUGCCCGAUUUAAUUAAUCAAGAUAUCGACGAAGAGGAGCGCCAGGAACUCGAGGAGGCGAUGCGGGGUGAAAACGAGGAGGAUGAGGAGGGCAUGGGUGAAGAGGGAACCGUCAUCAUGCCCGAAUUCGAUGAGUUGCCGCCAAGAACCGCAGUUGGCACGACAACCACAACCAGCACUGAUGCCGGCAAGUUAAAUAUCGAAAACUGGCAAAAGCUGGGAACCCUGGGUAAAGAGACCACAACAACCAGCUCCAGUACAACACCAUCUACCACCACUACAUCAACGACAACGACAACCACGGCUGCGACGACAACUAGCAGUAGCACCACCACCACCACCACCACGACCAUUAAACCUGUUGAGAUACAAACCAGCAGUAGGCAACCACAUCACCACCAUGCAAAAGCUCGUAAGCACCACAAGCAUCACAACAAGCAGCAGCAGCAGCAGCAACCACGCCGCCAUCAUGUGGCCUCGCACGAGCAGGCAAUCCUCGAGAGCUUCCAGGAGGAGGAGACCACCACUCGCGACAGCAGCAUCCAUCGAGUGAAGCCCGAGGUCCUACCCGAAGUGGCCAUACCCUCAACGCCCGUUUCCGCCUCCAAUUCGAAGAUCAUUGCUAUCAAACCGAAGAAUCAAAAGCGAAGGAUUGCCAAACGGGCGGCCGGUGUGGAAAUCGAACCGGAAUAUUUGCUUGGCGAUGCCAAUAUAAAUUCCAGUGAAUUUGUGGCCAAGUCCAAUGAGGAGGUGCCGGAGGAGGCUGAGGAUUUCGAGCUGGAGGAUGGUGAUUUUCAGGCAGUGCCCGCCCUAAGCCCAGCCCCUUCGGCGGCGCCAACCAACCUGAAGCCUGGAGAGGAUUACGUCCGUCUAGAUGGCUUCGCCGGAAUGCUGCAGCUCUUCUUCGGCAUUGAUAAACCAAUUGAUGUGGCUAUUUUCUCCCAACCACCAAGCGCAGAGUUUGUGAACUUGCUGUGCGCCCUGCUGGUCUGGUCCGUUCGUUAUCCGGCAGUUUUCUGGAAUACCUCCAAGGCCUUUGCCUGCGUGUUUAGCCUCCAGAUGGUAGUGGCUGCCCUGGACAUUAUCCUAGGCUAUGUGGGCGUCUCCAAUCUAUACAAGCUGCAGAUCUACGCCGAGGCCAUGCCAGUUCAUCAGCCUGGACUAAUCCUAAACGCCGUGGUCACAUUGGCCCUGUAUCUGUUGUCCACCGCUUUGGUGGUGGCCUCUUCAAUGGUCAUGUAUUUGUACGGGCACGGACGUCUGGCCACGCGGAUGCGGGACCGCUCGAUUAUCACGCUAAAGAGCCAUCAGACCUGGAUUUACUUCGCCCACUGCGCAUCCUUGUGCUUCGUACUUGCCCUGGCGGUGGUGAAAGCGCCGCUGCUCAACGACCUUAGUGCCACCUACAAGAACAACCUCCAUUGCCCCACAUUCCUGGCGGCUCUUGUUGGAGUGACACACCUGCUGCUCUGGAUCGUCAUCUGGCUGUGCCUGACCAUCAAGCGGCGUUGGCACUUUAAGCUGCCGCCGCUGGACAGCACUUAUGGGGGAUUGUUGGGCAAGUCCAGCGCCCAGCCGCUUUUGAUGUCCAGCGGUCAGCGGACGGGCAGCAACUCGAGCAGCAGUGGCUGCAACUCGACCAGCACCACCGUCAAUGGAGGCGAUUCCAAGCCGGACAUGAUGAGCACGGCCACCAGCACGGAACUGGGAAUGAGUGGGGUUAUCAAUGGGGGCAUGGGAGGGACGGGCAUGGGACUGGCCGCCCAGGAGGACAUCUACUGGCCCAAGCUGACACCCAGCUCGCCCAAGCUGAAGGUCACCUUUAACGAAGUUACGAGUACGUCUGAUGAUGUCCUACUAAUUGGUGACCAAGAACAAACUGAUGGCAAGCGCCAUACGAGCCGUGGAGCCUCGAUAUGUUUUGCCAGUGCUGCGGGGGAAAUUGACGACGGCGAGUACGCGACACUAAGGGCAGCCACCGCCGGAGCCGUCGUGGGCAUCACCAUGGGCAGCAUGAAGAGCGGAGUUAGCACCACUUCGGUGGGGGUCAGUCUGCUCCACCUCUCGGAGUAUGAUGAACUUCCGCCACCGCCGCCGGCUAGCCAUCAUCAUCAGCAGCAGCAGCAGCGGCAAUCCUUUGCCCAUGGACAUCCCCACGACUAUGCGAACCUCAGCGGAUUGGGUGGCAUCAGCGACGACAACAUCUCCGAGGAGGGCAAACUGCUGGCCUGUGUGCGCGACGACAGCAUUACAUACGCCUCCACCAGGGAUCUGGAGCCGCCCCAGCCGUCGGCACAGGCUCAGGCUCAACCACCACCCCCUCCACCACUACCCAUGAAGGGGGCUCCCGUGCCGCAACCACCAGCGGUACUGCCACAUCCCGGCAUCUACGGACGGGCCCCUCAAGCCAUGCCCGAGAUGAUGCAGUUGUCGCCCGAGCACCACCGCAAUCCCCUUCAGCGUGCACUUCAGCAUCCACAGCAGCAUCCUCUUCAGCAGCAGCAGCAGCCGCCACCACCGCAGCAUCCUCUCCAGCAACAGGGCAAUCCGCACCAGCAUCAGCAUCUAGUCAGCCCAUUGGCUCCGGUCACGGUCGCAGUUCACACCAACGAAGCGCAUAUCGCAUCCAGUUCCACACCCCGCUGCCUGCGCCGCGCCGACUCCGGCGUUCCCAACGAGGCGUUGACGCCCCGCAGCGAUACCACCUCCACCACCGAGAGCACCAACACCACUUCGCCCCCGGAGCGUGCACCCUCCGAGUCCUCCAGUGGGGUUCAUUCGGGCGAGGAGCGUGAGCUGGAGGUCAUCAUCCGGCCGCGGGCAAACAGCAAGCCGCCCCCACGUCCCCCUCAACCGCCCAUCCAGGAGGAGCCCUACGGCCGCUGCACCAAUAUGCGCAUGUCCAGCUUCAACGCGGAUCCCACUGCCGUCUCUUCGUCGGCCAUCAACAGUGCCACCCUGCCCAUGCAGCGUUCGGUGCCGGAGCAGAAGUUCGACUACACGGCUCACUGCAGUACUAUGCCGCUGCCGGUGGGCUGCCACAGCCAGCAGCUCGCUGGGAGCGGUGGGUACGCCUCCACCUCGGCGAUGACCAGUUCCAUGGGCGGCGGAGGAAUGCCACCGCCGUCGCAAGUGUCCAGCUUUAUGACUCCCAACAGCAUGCACUACGCCAAUGCAGCCAUAGCCCUGGGCAAUAGUAGCGGUCAGCAGCCACACACUACGCUGCCAAAUGGAGUGCGCUACUCGAAUCCGCACUUUCUGCGCCGCCUGCCGCAUGUGACCAAGGCGGCGGAGUCGCCCUACGGACAUCUAGGCUACGGAGCCGGCCAUCACGCCUUCGCCAAGCUGCCGCAUGAAACGCAUCCCACCAUUCCGGAGGACCGUGACUCGGCCAACUACUCAAUGGCCUCCGACCAGGACUGCGGAUUGUAUGUGACGGCUCAGCUCCACUAGGAUGGCGAAGAAUCCCUCUUCAGGCUCACCUACUAUGAACUAGACUUAUUGCUAGACGCAUUGAAAAAUCAUGUCCUUUAAAACCCCAUAAAUUGUUCUUUUCUAAGUUACAGUCUGAUUGCACUAUGACAUAUGUAGAUGGACAAUUCAAAGUACCCAACGUAACUUAUAUAUGGAAUUAAUGAAAAAGAUGAAGACACGUGUUUUAGUGCAAUCGGAGCAUAGACCCAUAGCAUUAUCUUGCAAUGUCUGAAACCCCCUAUUUAUGUCGCUCUAAGUUAGCCUCUCGGUUUUUGUACAGCUCCGGGCCCUAAGAGAAGCCAUACCAAAUCCACUAAUCUUCCAAAGGAUCAGCUGGUAACCGAAUCCUACAUGGACUAAAUUAUUCUUUAUUUGCUUUGCCUUGACGAUGAUCCACUCAAGUAUUUAGCGCAAACUGCCACUCAGACGACCCACGUAAAAGAAAAAACGAAACCUUUAAUCUAUAUCUAAACUUCACCUACAUCUACGGCUAAAUCUAAAUAUAUUUAUUUAUAUUUAUACAUGCUAUGCUCGUAUACAAUGUGUAAGAUAAUAAGCUAAUCGUGUUUAAGUAAUCAAUGUAAACUAAAGUUUAUCAUAUCAUAUAUGAAUGAAUAUCUAUAGCUAACUGUAAGACCUUAUCAAAUAUUAAUCUGAAAGGAAUAAAAUAUCAUAGCUCGAUCAUGUGCAAGCACUUAAAGUAUUUUCCCCUAAGCAAUUUCACUUAUCGAAAGGAGAAAUAAGAAGGAACAAAAGGCAUACGAAUUUAAGCUGCAAUUCUAUGGUUUUUAUUGUAAGGAUAAACUGUAAAGUGGUAAAUCGUAAUUUUACGGCACUAACUAGCCAAAACGUUAUGCUUCAGCUAGUCGACAUAGAUGAUAGACACCCUGCAAGGCUUUGGCAUAUGUAUUUUCUAUGGUCUCUCAACGCUUACCGUUUAAGAUGAAUGUAAAAUGUAAUGUAACAAAGCGACAAUAUAAAUACUAUCUAAUGUACGAUACAAAUAAAUACUAUCCAUGGCCCCAUACAUAUCUCACACGCUCAAGACUUUCGACCUUAACCUACUGCACGCUGGAAUGCUUUACACCAAUAAACCCGCUUAUUAAGUUCUGUUUUUUGUGCCUCCGCAUAAGUAGAUAAAUGUACUUUUAUUUCUAAUCGGAACUAGUGUUUGCUCAGAAAAAAAAGGAAAAAUUAUUAACAAUCGGUGAAUAUAACGGACCCUCUACGAAGAGCAUUCAAUAGACCGGUUGUGUUUAUUUUCGUUAUAAAGACUGAUUAGUAAUAUAAUGCAAUUCGAAAUGCACAUCCAUCACAGAACUUUACCAAAAGAUCCGAGGUCAGCUUAAGAAAUUCAUAGCAUUGAUACGAUAGUGGAUAGGCCAUAAAUAUAGUUUAGUAUGUCGUCAUUAACUUGGUUCCUUUGUGAAACGCACUAAACUAAACGAGAUAUCAACAGUUAAGAAUGAAAACUUUUGUAAGAUAAUUUCAAAUUAAUUAAAAAAUUAUUCAAACGAGAUAUCCAAAAGAAAUACUAAGUAUGCCCCAAAACUGAACUACAAAAACAUGAUUUAUUAACCUGGGUCAAAUCUUUUUUGCGCUAGCGAGCAAAACCUGUAAAUGAAUGUAAGGUUAAAUCAAGUUUCCGAUAUGACUUAUGCAUCCAAAACAUUUAUAUUUAAUAAUAUAAAUCAAUAAAUGUUUAAAUUAUUUAUAUAUACAAUAUACGGAUUAAAUGGUUUAUCAAUGGUAAAUAAAGAAAUACCACCGCUUUAUGUAAAACCCCAAAAA